AGAGCUCCGCGGUCGCUCAGCACCAGUCGCUUUUGCAGCAGGGCUGAGGGAGACGGAGAGAGAAGGUAAGCGGGGAGGCUGCAUCAUGGCGGACAGAGACAGUGGAAGUGAGCAAGGUGGAUUCGCCACAGGCCCCGGCCCCGGCCCCGGCCCCGGCCCCGGCCCUGGCCCGAUGCACCCGGGCGCCGCAUCGCGGCUCCAGCACGACACGGAGGAGCUCGCCUCGAAGCGGGUGGACAUUCAGAACAAACGCUUCUAUCUGGACGUGAAGCAGAACGCCAAAGGCCGCUUUCUGAAGAUAGCAGAGGUCGGGGCCGGGGGAAACAAGAGCCGCCUGACUCUCUCCAUGUCCGUCGCCGUGGAGUUCCGCGACUACCUAGGAGACUUCAUCGAACACUACGCCCAGCUGGGCCCCAGCAACCCUGACACGGUGCAGGACGAGCCCAGGAGGGCGCUUAAGAGCGAAUUCCUGGUGCGGGAGAAUCGGAAGUACUACAUGGAUCUGAAGGAGAACCAGAGGGGGCGGUUUCUGCGAAUCCGGCAGACCGUCAAUCGCGGGCCCGGCAUGGGAACCUCGCAAGGCCAGACCAUCGCUCUUCCUGCACAGGGACUCAUCGAGUUCCGCGACGCGUUGGCCAAACUCAUCGACGACUUCGGCGUGGACGAGGACCCCGCGGAGCUGCCCGAGGGCACGUCGUUGACCGUGGACAACAAGCGCUUCUUCUUCGACGUGGGCUCCAACAAGUACGGCGUCUUCAUGCGGGUCAGCGAGGUGAAGCCCACCUACCGCAACUCCAUCACGGUGCCCUGCAAAGUCUGGUCCAAAUUCGGCGCAACCUUCUGCAAGUACGCGGACGAGAUGAAGAAGAUCCAGGAGCGAAGCCGAGAGCGGAGGGAGCGCGAGAUGCAACCGGAGGGCCUGCACGGGGACGACGGGGACGAGGACUAAUGCAUACCUGUGCGCACAGGACAAAUGACAUGAUAAUCAGACGUUACUGUAAUGUGGAAUCGAUCUACACACACACUCACACAACCCUCACAGACUCAAACAGUUGCAUCUCUUCACUCAUCGCCGGAAGUUACCCACUUACCCACCAUUUAACAGUAAGACGCUGCUAUCGACAACAUGAUGUAUGAACCGUGUCCAGGAUGGUGCAGGAGUGUGUGUAUAUCCCUCUUUACCCACGUGUGUGACACAUUCAAGCUCGUAUGCACUGCAAAAAAUCCUCUUGUUUUCCAGUACAAAUAUCUAAACAUCCUGAAAACCAUAUAUUUAUAUAUACAGUUUUAGUCAGACCACUCCUGACACACAGCAAAGAAUGUCAAUACUAGAAAUAAAAGAACAUACCUAGUCAAUGGGAAAAAUGACACGUAAUAUAAAACCAAUACGAUUCGAUCUGCUUUCUGAACACUUCAGCUCUGACACCAGUCAAUCAUGCUGCCAACUUGACAGCGGCCGCUUCAAGUGUAAAAACUGAUGACCUAAUGUUUUUUUUGCAGAUUUUAAAAUGUACUUAAUUAAAAAAAAGUACAAAGUGGCGUGAAAAUGCUGUUCAUAUUCAGCAUGCACACUGGGGGUUUUAACGAGAGCGUGCAAAGUGAGUGCCGUCAUGGUGGCUUGUUGCCUGUUAGAGCAUCUGACCCCACUCGAACUUGUACAGUUCUGUUUGUCAAGUAAAUUAUUUUAAGGAUGCCGUGAAUUUGACUGGGAAACAAUGAUGGACAUUUUUUUGCAGUAUAAUACUAUUUCCAAAGGUGCAAAUUGAAAAAGAAGAAAGAAAUAUAUAAUUGGGGCUCACUUUUGACUUCCAGCACAAAAGCUAUUCUUUAGGAACCGUUUGAACCAAAGGUUCAACAUGCAAACGAACACCAGGAGUGAAGAAACAGUGAUGCGGCAGUGCUGUGAAUAUUUUAACAUGCACUAUUGUUAGAUUAUUCAAUUUAUAUAAAUGGAUGUCACCCCUUCUGGUUCGACUUAAAAGGUGCACUUGGUCAGUUUUCAUUAUUUAAGCAUUUUUUCGCCUGGUUGCAUCAUGGGGUCCACCAUGUUGAGAUCACAUGACCAGCCAAAUUAUCAACAUAAACUCAAUGUUAUUAGUCACUUUCAUUUGCAGAAUACAUUUAUCAUGGCAAAAGAAGCUUCAUGUCUCACAUAAACCCAAAAUGACCGAGUGCACCUUGAAAUGCAUAUGAGGAGAUCUAGAUAUGUUUACUCGUUUGCCUUUUAAACUCUAUACACAAAGCAAAUGAGAUUGUUUGUUUGCACGCGUCAUGCAAUGUGUGCUUCGGUAGCCGCACAGCGAAGGCAUUGCUAAAACAACCGGUUGACGUUUGUUCCUGUUAAAUACAAACCCUGUUGCACCGUUGCCCACUGACAUUUGGACAGACGUCUCAUUGAAGUGCUAACGUAGAUAUACAAACUAUGAUUUUGUGAAUCAGAUGUACUUAGAUCCUUAUGAAAUUGCCCACGUUUUCUGUGGGAAUUUUUCUUUAUUUCGUUUUUGGGGACAGGGUGGGAGGGGGGCAGGUACUCAAAAAGGAGCUGUCCACUAGUGCGAGUUGUGUUAAUACCUGCGCGGAGCAUCCUCUACAACGUCAAAAAACAACUCUGGUGCCUUAUAUUCUCCACACGUUUACAUGCUUUACGUGUCCGAUCAUUUUCUUUCCGAUCGCUGUUUGUCUUUCUUUGUCGUUCGGGGUGACAACAGCGUAGUUGCCGUACCACUCUUGGAGCUUCUUCGAUGACUUCGACAAGCCAAUCAAAGAAAGGCGCGUGGGGCUCUCGGCCCUCCACGUUGCUGGGGAAAGAACAAUGUCAUAAUCAAACAGCGCUGACGUAAACAUGGAUGUGCUGCGUUCACGUCAUAUCCGAAUUACUUUGGUUCUCCGUGGCAGUGCUCAAAAGCGACAUCGAUCUAUGUGCGGUUUUGUCGUUGAUGCCAGUCUUUGUGACAUUUUUUUAAUUAUGACAAAGACAUACAUUUUCAUCAACAUUUCUGUAGUUCUGGCGUGACGUGAACGCAGCAGUAGUCACCUAAAGACGGUGGAGGUCUGCUCCUCGUGCUCUGUGUAAAAACAUAUAAGUUAAUUAAAAAAGUAACAGGUUUAAAAAAUUAAAUAAAAAAAGCUUAAAACUGUGUGAUAACUUUAUAUGUACGUUUCUCGCUACAGCCCAGCGUUAUGCUAAUGUGGGCCUAUAUUAGUAGACUUUUGGCCGAGGCAGUAGCCUGUAUGAUUUUUUUGUAUGGUGCUAAUAUCCCCGCUCGUGGGAUUUCUUCUGCCAGUCUUAUCAGUUGCUGAAUUCGUUUGUUGUCAACCUCGUCACAUCGCACCUUGAGAUUUUACUUUUCUCACUAAAGUUACAGUGCUAACAUUUUAGUAUCUUGUGCAAUAGGCUGCGUGCCAAUGGCGGCGUUGCCCCAAAUUCAGUCCCGCCGCAGGUUCAUGUCCCCCUUUGGACCCCCAAAGCAAAACUAUUUCCUGAAAGAUCUUAUAAUAGGUACUCUGUUCAAUGUCUGAUUGGAAAUCCUACAAAAUCGCUGAAUGAUGUUGUGAUAACUAUGAAAAGAUGACACUGUCUUUUAAAGUUUCACAUAUGUAACCGAAGCUACAAAUAGUCAAAUUAAACAUUUGUCAUUCUUUUUUUGUUAAUUAAAUUGUACAAUCCAGCUGAUUAGAAUGUUAACUCAACUUCAACACUACAAAGCAUUACCAGAAAUGCUAAAUUGAGUAGAAAACAAUAAUGCAAUGUUUUUGAACAGGCAUUACUGAUGGCUGCCUCUUGGGGUCCAAGGGGGAUCGGAUUCUGCGGGAUGAUUGAAUGUCGCGCAUCAUCGGCAUUCUAUGUGUGUGGAUACUUGUCCCCUGCAACGACAAAAAUGUAUGCAUGAGAAUCGUUCUAAUUUAAACAUUUUUCUGCAUAUUAAACUAACCUUUUUGACUGCCGAAGUCAAAGUUGAGGGUUUAUUCUAGUAACAUAACCGGUCACCACAAACAGGGGCCGUCUGAAAGCACCUGCGUAUACGGCGGCAAAUCUGCUCUCCGCCAAUCAGACACAGUCCUGUGUGACCUAAAAAUAUAGUUAUGUAGUCACUUCAAAAGCUUCUUGGUGGUUUGAUAUUCAGUUGCUAAUAUAUAUAUAUAUAUAUAUUUUUUUUUUUUUGCCAAUGUUUAAUGCGCAAUGCUUCAGUCAGAGAUAUUCAUAACUAUUUAUUUGAUAAAAUAUUUUGUCAAUGUUGUUAGGAAAAAAGAUAAAGACGUUUUUUCUCAGUCCCUCUCUUGACAUAAGCCAGCUCACUAGUAUUGCAGGUAAAAGCCUGUUGCUGUCAGACCCAAACAUCACAAAUACUCAGAUAUGUGGGGUUUUGUUAAAACGAGACCUUCAUAUCUACUGAAGCCUCCAGCCCACGGACAGUUUGGGGGUUUCUAGCCACAGACCCCCAUGCUAAAGGCCCAUUUCGUGCUAAGCAUAUGAGGAAGUCUAUAGGGGAUCAAGGCAGACAUUAUUCCUGCAGAGCGUUUGGUCUCUUGUUUACCACUGCACAAUAUUAAAGCAUACAUACGCACUUUGUCUCGCUCGAUUUGCCCUCACAUCUCGUCAAGACUGAAUCUGAAACAGCAUGCUUCUCUUGUAGGGACUAUUUUAGCUCUGUUUGUACACAGUUAUAUUUCUUUUCCUCUUGAGACCGGUAAGCAAAUCUUUUUCCUGUCACUGCCCAGAUCCGAUUAUGAAAACUGUUCGAUGUGUGCCACUGUGCGAAAUCUAAACUGGAAGUAACAUUUAAGGGUGUUUUCUAGUGAUGCAAAAACACACCCUCGAAGCCCUCGAUCGAAUACGCACAUGUUUUAAGUCAAUCGUAAAGGUGCUAUUGGGUAUUAAAUGGCUCAAUCCUGUCCGGGUGGCAUCGUUCAGCCGAAAUCUUUCUCAUUUAAUAGUGUUCGAGCUCUCCACCAGCAAAGACGAGUAUUGGUUGGAUGCACAACAGCCUGUGGGGACCAAAAAAAA